UCGGCUCCCCGCCCUCUCCUCCGCGCCUCUCCUCCUCCGCCCCGCGCCCUGCGGUGCUGCAGCUGCGGGCGGCUCCAGCUGCCCCCAGAUGUGGGCUGGGCGGCGCGCGGGGAACUUUCGCGCCGGCUGCGAGUGCCCGGCCCCGGCUGCGGUCCGGCUGCUAUGGAUCCGCCUGCGGGAGCCGCUCGCCGCCUGCUCUGCCCAGCACUGCUGCUGCUCCUGCUGCCGCCGCCGCCCGCGAUCGCCCGGCUCGCCGCCGCCACCGACCCCCCAGGCGGGCCCCUGGGGCACGGAGCCGAGCGCAUCCUGGCGGUGCCGGUGCGCACUGACGCCCAGGGCCGCUUGGUGUCCCACGUGGUGUCGUCGGAGCCGGCCUCAGCUGGGGUACGAGCCCGCAGAGCGGCCCCAGACCAGACCUCGGGCUUCCCUGGAGGCGGCGAGGACCCCCGAGACCCGCUCUUCUACAAUGUCACGGUCUUCGGCCGAGACCUGCACCUGCGGCUGCGGCCCAAUGUCCGCCUCGUGGCUCCCGGGGCCACCAUGGAAUGGCAGGGUGAGACGGGUGACACCUGGGUGGAGCCCCUGCUUGGAACCUGUCUCUACGUCGGGGAUGUGGCUGGUUUAGCUAAAGCCUCCUCGGUGGCGCUCAGUAACUGCGACGGACUGGCUGGUCUGAUCCGGAUGGAGGAAGAAGAGUUCUUCAUUGAGCCCCUGGAGAAGGGGCAGGUGGAUCAGGAAGCAGAGCAGGGCCGCGUGCAUGUGGUGUAUCGCCGACCGCCCACCCCCCAAACCCUUCCUCUUGGGGGACCACAGGCUCUGGACACAGGAGCCUCCCAGGGCAGCCUGGACAGCCUCAGCCGAGCCCUGGGCGUCCUGGAGGAGCGAGUCAACAGCUCACGGCACAGGGCACGCAGGCACGCUACGGAUGAUGACUACAACAUUGAGGUCCUGCUGGGCGUGGAUGAUUCCGUGGUCCAGUUCCACGGUCAGGAGCACGUGCAGAAAUACCUGCUGACGCUCAUGAACAUUGUCAAUGAAAUCUAUCAUGACGAGUCAUUGGGAGCCCACAUCAAUGUCGUGCUGGUGCGGAUUAUCCUGCUGAGCCACACGAAGUCCAUGAGCCUCAUUGAGAUUGGGAACCCCUCGCAGAGUCUGGAGAAUGUCUGCCGCUGGGCCUACCUCCAGCAGAAGCCAGAUACAGGCCAUGAUGAGUACCAUGAUCAUGCCAUCUUCCUCACGAGACAGGACUUUGGGCCUUCAGGCAUGCAAGGUUAUGCUCCUGUCACUGGGAUGUGCCACCCCGUCCGCAGCUGCACUCUGAAUCACGAGGACGGCUUCUCUUCAGCAUUUGUGGUGGCCCAUGAGACUGGCCAUGUGCUGGGCAUGGAGCACGAUGGGCAGGGCAACCGAUGUGGCGAUGAGGUGCGGCUGGGCAGCAUCAUGGCACCACUGGUGCAGGCUGCCUUCCACCGCUUCCACUGGUCCCGGUGCAGCCAGCAGGAACUCAGCCGCUAUCUGCACUCCUAUGACUGCCUGCGUGAUGACCCCUUUGCCCAUGACUGGCCAGCGCUGCCCCAGCUCCCAGGCCUGCACUAUUCCAUGAACGAGCAGUGUCGCUUCGACUUUGGCCUGGGCUACAUGAUGUGCACUGCGUUCCGGACCUUCGACCCGUGCAAACAGCUAUGGUGCAGCCACCCUGACAACCCCUACUUUUGCAAGACUAAGAAGGGCCCCCCACUGGACGGGACUAUGUGUGCUCCUGGCAAGCAUUGCUUUAAAGGACACUGCAUCUGGCUGACACCCGACAUCCUCAAACGAGAUGGUAACUGGGGUGCCUGGACUCCAUUCGGCUCCUGCUCACGCACCUGCGGCACAGGUGUGAAGUUCAGGACCCGCCAGUGUGACAACCCACACCCAGCCAACGGGGGCCGCACCUGCUCAGGCCUCGCCUACGACUUCCAGCUCUGCAACCCCCAGGACUGUCCUGACUCUCUGGCCGACUUCCGUGAGGAGCAGUGCCGGCAAUGGGACCUAUACUUCGAGCACGGCGAUGCCCAGCACCACUGGCUGCCUCACGAGCACCGGGAUGCCAAGGAGAGAUGCCACCUCUACUGUGAGUCCAAAGAGACUGGGGAGGUGGUGUCCAUGAAGCGCAUGGUGCAUGAUGGGACGCGCUGCUCCUACAAGGAUGCCUUCAGCCUCUGUGUGCGUGGGGACUGCAGGAAGGUGGGCUGUGACGGUGUGAUUGGCUCCAGCAAGCAAGAGGACAAGUGUGGCGUGUGUGGAGGAGACAACAUGCACUGCAAAGUGGUGAAGGGCACAUUCACCAGGUCGCCCAGGAAGCAAGAUUACAUCAAGAUGUUUGAAAUCCCUGCGGGAGCUAGACACCUGCUCAUCCAGGAGGCAGACACCAGCAGCCACCAUCUGUCCGUCAAGAACCUGGAGUCAGGCAAGUUCAUCUUAAAUGAAGAGAACCACGUGGAUCCCAAUUCUAGAUCCUUCAUCUCCAUGGGUGUGGAGUGGGAGUACAGGAAUGAGGAUGACAGGGAGACACUGCAGACCAUAGGACCCCUCCGAGGCACCAUCACCGUGCUGGUUAUCCCCGAGGGAGAUACCCGGAUCUCACUGACAUACAAGUACAUGAUCCAUGAGGACUCUCUCAACGUGGAUGACAACAACGUCCUAGAAGACGACUCUGUGCGCCACGAGUGGGCCCUAAAGAAGUGGUCUCCUUGCUCCAAGCCCUGUGGUGGAGGGUCCCAGUUCACCAAGUAUGGUUGCCGACGGAGACUGGACAGCAAGAUGGUACAUCGAGCCUUCUGCAGUGCCCUUGCCAAGCCCAAAGCCAUCCGCCGAGCUUGCAACCCGCAGGAGUGUUCCCAGCCUGUGUGGGUCACAGGUGAAUGGGAGCCUUGCAGCCAGAGCUGUGGGCGGACCGGCAUGCAGGUACGUUCUGUGCGCUGCAUCCAGCCUUUGCACAACAACACCACCCGCUCCGUGCACACCAAACACUGCAAUGACCACCGGCCUGAGAGCCGCCGUGCCUGCAACCGGGAACUCUGCCCUGGGCGGUGGCGGGCUGGACCCUGGUCCCAGUGUUCAGUAACCUGUGGCAACGGCACCCAGGAACGGCCAGUACUCUGUCGCACCGCAGAUGACAACUUCGGCGUUUGCAGGGAUGAGCGGCCUGCACCGGCAAGGAUCUGCAGGCUAGCACCCUGUCCCCGAAACCUCUCGGAUCCCUCCAAGAAGAGCUACGUGGUUCAGUGGCUGUCCAGGCCCAACCCUGACUCGCCUGUCCGGAAGAUCUCGUCAAAGGGCCAGUGCCAAGGCGACAAGUCAAUGUUCUGUAGGAUGGAAGUCUUGUCUCGCUAUUGCUCCAUCCCAAGCUACAACAAGCUCUGCUGCAAGUCCUGUAACCUACAAAACAACCUCACGGAAAUGGAAGACGAUGGGGUGGAGCCUCCGCCUGGGAAGCACAAUGACAUCGACGUGUUCAUGCCCACACUCCCAGGACCCACUCAGGCCACCCAGGUUCAGCCUUCACCAGGGCCUCCCCUGGAGGUCCCCCUCAAUGCAUCCAGCAUCAGCACCACUGAGGAUCACCCGGAAACUAACGCUGUGGAUGUCCCCUACAAGAUUCAUGGUCUGGAUGAUGAAGUCCAGUCACCUAACCUGAUCCCUCAACGACCGAGUCCGUAUGUAAAGACAAGGAACCAAAGGAUCCAGGAGCUCAUUAAUGCAGUGCGGAAGAAAGAGACGCUCGGAAAGUUCUAAUAAAAUGGAAAGAUAGCAUCCAUAGCUUUUAUUUUUUUUUUCUUGCUUAUAGAGAUGUUCCGUGGGAUAGCAAAUCCUGUGCUGCUGGAGAUGAAGCCAAAAUUCCUGAUUCCAAAAAGGUUUGAGAAAACAGGGAGAAUGGUAUAAAAGAAUUUAUGCAGACAUGAGCAUGUGACAAUCAGCCUAACAGGUAUGUUCAGGCCAGGAAUGACCUAAAUCUUGUAGUGGUGUUAGGUGCAGAGUGGACAGGCAUCCAGAACAAUCUCUGUCAGUGAGGAGAGACCAGGAGGGAAGACUCCAAGAGAAAAAAAAGUUUACUCCAAGUAUCUGAGUAGUAGUUAAGAUUCUUCCUGUGCGUGGUGACAGUGGAGAACGUUCAACACCAGUCCCUCAGGGACUAUGAGGGGCAUGGUGAUUUAUUUAACAGCUGAUCAGUUGUCAGGAUGGGUACAAAGAAAUGGAGGUCACAAAGUCAAAUACCCGCAAAGGCCAGGCAGGAGAUGAGAUUGAGUGUAUAGUCAGUUGAGGACUUGGACCAACCUGAGAGCUACACACAUCUAGAGCUGCUGGGGGCUCUAGCCAUGCCUGCCACUGGGACAUGGGUCCCUUCCCUGGUAGCCCUGGCCUUGUCAUAUGUGCACAUCAUACGAUUCCACAUUUUCCUGUGGAACUCUCAAUCUUUAAAGGUUUACUCAAAAUCCUUUAAGGUGGGGAGGAGGAGCAUGGCCUGCCUGCUAGGUUCUAGAUCCACCAGGCUGCAAUCUCUGGUCUCAGUUUUAAUCCUUAAUGAAUUAUCCGGUACAGUUUAGCUAUUCGGUGCUCAUGAUGUACUAUGUUUGGGUCUUAGCUGAGCAUGGGCUGCAUAGCUACCUAAUCAGUUCCAGGAAAGUGAUGAGAUUCCUGUAAUGGGGGAUAUGAGGACAGCUCUAAACAGGAGUCAUGGGCUAAAGGCAGCAAGGAUCUGCCUCCUCUCCACUAGUUCUGCCUCACUUGCUGCUGCCCAGGCUUCUGGAGGAAGACCCCCAAUGUUCUCCUCUGGCCAGCCUGGCCCCAGGCCCUUUCCAGAGAGGAAAGAUGAAGAAAGCAGGCAACUCUGCUGGGAUGACCCAGUGUAUGGUCCAAGACCCAGGGCUCUCCCUUUCCGGGGAUUCCAGUGCUGACUCCGGGGUGCUGAAGUGCCAGGCUCUGGGGCGUUGGGAUCAGAGGAUGUGUUUUUACUGUAGUCUGACCCUGGCCAUCCCCAUCUCAAACCUUUAAAAGUUCUAGAACCCAGCAAUGCAGUGGCCUACAAUGAGAGGCACAGAGUGGAAGGUGGGGAGCCCUGCUUUAGUUUGUUGGAAACUUAGAUAACUCCUAUUUGGAGCAAAUUGAUGCUUUGUAAACUAGAUAUGAAUAGGGGAAAUAAGAGGAGGGGAGUGGGGUGGACGAGAGGAAGGCGUGAUCUUUGCCUCUCAUGCACUGGCAUUUUAUGAACAUGUGGCUCCAACAUCCUCACAUGGUAUGUCCCAUGGUCACAUUAGCACCCUAGUUGGGUCUACCCUGACCAUGAAUCUGAGUCUUCUCACAUGCAGGAAAGUUCUAGAGGCCUUGUGCUCUCACGUAUCAUGGGUCUUCGAGAACUCUUUCCUGUUGAGCCCCAUUACAUGGGGUGAGAAAACAGACUGAGGAGGAUGAUUGCCAUCAUGGCUGCUCUCCAUUAAGUUCCCAGGUGCUGGGUGUGUUUGUUUGAAUCUGUGGGAACGUGUCUGUUCGGGUGGUCUACAGAAUAAGGUCAGAGAGUAGGGACCCAGCUAGAUGGGUGUCUGAGAUGGUGCUCAACUGUCCUCCUGGGAGGUGUCUGGUUUCCCUCCCCCAGCCCAGCCUGUACCCGUUCCUCUGCCUGCACUUUCUUCACAUGCUCCUAUACUGCCCCAUCUCUCAAAGACCCAAACUAGAGAAGUCCUCUGAUUGUCUCUCCUUGUAUGUGCUUGUGAAUAUUUCUGCCACCCUCCCUGUCUGUAAAUAGGGAGUAGAGCCCAGGGCCAGCCCUUGUUUUUGAACCAAGGGCUGCUGGGUUUUCUCAUGGGCUGAAGAACUGAGCACUAUUUGGGUCUGCAGUAGAAUGUGCAGGAAAGUUCUUUAGUAACACCAGCCAGAGUAUUACUCAGUCUAAUUAACCUAAGAUCUGUGGAGUGGUAACACUCCAUUUUCAGAUCCCAGUAAAGCAGGGCUUUAUAGGAUCUCCAGGUGGGACAUCCCCCAGGGUACCUGUCCAUUACCCAGGGGAGAAAGAUGCUCUGUGGGAGAUGAGGCCCCACAGGCCAUUGUUGUUGCCUUGGGCCACAGACCUCCAGACCUCUCUGUAGCUAGUGGUGCUCACAUGUCUCUGUCCAAGGACACAGUGUCCACUGGGCUUGGAGAAGCUGCACGUCUCCUGAGCAUGAGACCGUAGGAAAGACAGGCUUAGGAACAACCUCUCAGCUCCUCUCCCAAGGUGCCCUUGGAGCCCUGCAGAAGCAAGUGGGUGUCUUCUAGAUGAAGUUUCUCACAUCAUCUUGUUGACACCCAGACUGUCCCACAUCACCCAGAACAUCUCCUGAGGUACCUGGGAGCUGCUUCUCAUUCUUGAGGAGAGUUGUGCUACAUUUGGGGCAAACUCCUUUUUGGAAAACUCAUGGAAUUUCAUGUAUAAGCCUUGCAUUGUAUUUUAAGGGUUUUUCUUUUGUGGUCUGUUGUAAGUAUAUAAAUGGUGCUCAGUAUUGAUGUCUUUGGCGCUCUGACUCUGCUUACUCCUGUGUGACAGGUGGCCACCACACACAGCCACCACGGUGCUCAACUUAAAUCUCAAACUUUUCUUACUGACAACAGCCACCAGUGCAUUUUUGUUCUGUAUAACAAAAUUUGGCUCCUUACUUUCAUAACUUAUUAAAGUGUCUGUGUUUUUGCAAA